GCCGAGUCGUCCAGCCUUUACCUCACCUCCUUCCCCGGAUUUUCUCCUUCUCUUUCUUCUUUCCUAGUCUCAUCAGGUGACCGGUCAAUCGCACUAAAGACAUCCAGAGCUCGUCAACACGGUUCAGGGACAUGAACGUUGCCAACUCUUGACGUUCAAUUAAUCCAUAUUUCCGAUCAAAUUUUGGGUGACACAAGAUUGCAUUUGUAGAUUCAACGUGUAAUCAAGAUUAGCAAUGAAGUGUCACAUGAUAAUUUCAUUCGCAAUUGUAAUUGUGGCUGCGGGUCGCAAGACUGAAGUGAGUAAUUCAACGAUUUGGGAAAAUUCUGAUGGUAUCAAGCAGCUGCGGGCUCAGGAGAAGGGAUUGGGUAGUGAUCUGGUGAAAAACUUCUUCGGAAUAUUCGGGAAUAAACCUCCGAAUUCUGAGACUCCGCCAGGGCCUUGUUACUGCAGCUGCGGAGUUCGUAAUGAGGGGAGCAGAAUCGUCGGUGGUCAGACGACUGCUGUGAACGAAUAUCCCUGGAUGGUGAGAUUAUCCUACCUCCACAAGUUCUACUGCGGUGGAUCAUUGAUCAAUGAUCGUUACGUCCUGACAGCCGCUCACUGUGUCAGAGGAAUUGUUUUCAGAUUGAUGUGGUUUAUGAUUAAGGUAACAUUCGGUGAGCACGAUCGGUGCGACGAGAAAAAUCAGCCCGAGUCGAGAUUCGUAAUUCGCGCGAUAACUGGAGAUUUUAAUUUUAUGGAUUACGAUAAUGACAUUGCACUGCUGAGGCUUAAUGAUCGGGUGCCAUUGAGCAAUUCGAUCAGGCCCAUCUGUCUUCCCUCUGUCAAAGCGAAGACGUAUGAGGGGGUCAAAGCUAUAGCCGCGGGCUGGGGGACACUCAAAGAGGAUGGGAAGGUGUCGUGUGUCCUCCAGGGGGUUGAGGUCCCGGUUAUGUCGCAGGCUGCCUGUAGGAAUACUAGUUACAAGCCCACCAUGAUAUCCGAUAACAUGCUGUGUGCGGGUUAUCCCGAUGGGAAGAAGGAUUCUUGCCAGGGGGACAGCGGCGGUCCACUGAUAGCUGAGAGGGAUGACAAGAAGUACGAGGUCAUAGGCAUCAUUUCCUGGGGAAACGGCUGCGCAAGACCCGGAUAUCCAGGAGUUUAUGCCCGUCUCACUCGUUAUUUAGAUUGGGUCCUGGAGAACUCGAAGGACGGCUGCUUCUGUGAAACCUAGGAGUCUCAGGACCUCAGGGCCUCAUCUUAACUCAUAACGAGAUUUUUAACAUGUCCACCAUCUUUAUUGCCAUGUAUUAAUGAUGAUGGAAUAAAUGAAUUAA